CAAAUCCUGGGUUAGUCGUUGCCGAUCUAAUCCCACGUGAAGAUCGGAAUAAAGCCAGGAAUUUUGUAUGAGACGAUCGCAACAAACAACUUAGAGAUUAAUCGAAAUGCGUCUUUUGGAUAAAUCGAAUAAACUGCACGUCGAUAAAGGUUCGCCUUCGCAAAUGGUUGAUGUUCCAAUCGAUUCACCAUGUUGCGUUGUGUUGACGGAUUCGAGGAUUCGAAAUACAGGUAUAACAUCCAACAAAUGCAAGACGAAGUCGGGCGGGGACAAUCACUCGAAAUUUUACGCAAGCCACAAACGUAUUCUUCUGACUGGAGCAAUUUUAAUCUUAUUGAUUACACUUUUUUUGACAAUUAUUAAUCUUACGUUUUCCAUACUGUCCGGACAUGACGCUCGUGAAGCUUCAGUUCGCAUUCAACCGGAAACACGCUUGGAGCGAGUGAUCAGGCUAGGCUUCCCUCUCGGCAGAAGAUCAUUGUUGAAAUCCCGGGCGGGAAAAGUGAUCGAUGGAGACCCAUCUUUCAACGAUCAAACGGAGCUUACCAGCCAGAUAACGCAAGUUGCAGAAAGCGACGCAUUUCCAACGAUAAAUGGGGGAGACGCCGACACGCGUUCCAAGCGGGAGGUAGUAUCUCGCAGAAGAAGAGAUUGUGAUCUGAAGGCGAAACAAUGCGAGAUGCUGUUGAAAACGGUGCAAAGCUAUCUUGAGGCUCUCAGCAUUAAGUUUCCGGAAAAAUCAUUACCCACAGAUAUCCGGAAAUGUCUCGAUUGCAAGGAGUUGUUAAACAACGCGGAUGAAAACGACGUGGAUCACGCGCCACAAUCGAAAGAUCGAUAUUUCCCGCAUGAUUACGCCGAGCAAAAUCACUCGAGCGAUUUUGGCCCGGCCAUUAUCAAGCUGCUGGAUAACGGACAGGCUGAAAACGGCACAAAACGGACGGAAAUUAAUCAGACGGAAGCGGCAAAAAUUCAGCCGCCAGUGGAGACAAACUCAGUUACGAACAAUUCAUCACAAAACGUCAUGAAUCAAUCAUCGACGAGUACCAGUACGCCGGAAAUCACUACUAUGUCAAUACAUCAGACAGAUUACAAUGGAAGCCGACGAAUAGACGUGAGCGACAUUGACAUUAACAAUUCGGGCAUUAACGACAAACAGUCGGAUAGUAAUCCAGCGGCAAACGAUUCGCGCGUGACAAAAAAUCAAAACGACGAAAUCGUUUCUGCCGCGCCGAAAAUCGACGAACCACACCGUGUGGCAACCGAGAGCAAAGAUGUCACGAACGCGAAGUCGUGGUUUACGACGGAGUCGAGUAGCAUGAGGACGCAAUACAACGCUAUUACGGGAGAUGAACAAUCUAGGAAAACCACAAUCGCGACUGAUUCGAUAGGAACGACCGAAACGAGAAUACCGACAUACGAGAAUACCGCCAUCGAUCUUACGACGCAGAUUACUGAAAACGUGACGAGUGUGCCGACGGGAAACGACGUGAUCAGAAUCGACGGCGGUGGCACGAUGCAUUCUUCGGUGCGUCCUUCGUUCGAGGGACACCUGGAAAAUCGAUCAGCUACACUGACGAACGGAUCGAAGUCGAUGGAAAAUCAGCGCGAUUACGAACAGUUCAUGUCGGCUGACCAAUUUCAAAAGGACAACGGCAAAUCGAUUCCGGUAACCACAGAGAGCACGAAAUCCUUUCAGCAGCUGCAACCGACACCAACGAUGUGGACAAUACCGCAUCCGGUUUGCUUCUUUGGCCAGUAUCCCGGACAAUCCUCCAACACGCCAUUAUCUCCAGUAUCAGCGUUUUACCCAGGUCCCACCUCCUCCGCGCAAAGUCGCGGCUUCCCGUUCCUAAAUCCACCUAAUCAAGGCUCCUCGUCGCCAAAUUAUAUGCAGGUGCAGGCGAACACAGUGCAGUUUAUGCCAAGAUUAAACUACGUCGGUAAUCUGGCUCAACCGCGGCAAGACGUCGGUCCCACGGGACCUGCCAUGAGUGCCAUGUCGAACCACGCACCGGCCUUCUCGCUGAAUCAGCAACCAACCGCGAUGUCCCAGCAGCCAAUUGCAAACAUGCCGUAUUUUUGCGGUUACAUAUCAUUGCCAACCAUUCGCUUCCCGCCGAUCCCUGGCACGUCGCAAUCUGACCGUUCUGCCGACGAAGCGAAAGAUCUUCCAAAAGAAUCAGAAAAAUCACCUCAGAAGUACGGUGUUAUCACACGAAAUAACCCACAGUCUUCCACGUUCAACAGAUGUCCUAUAAAUUAUCAUCAAUGCGAUAAUCUGAACUGCGUCCCAAAGGUGAAAUGGUGCGACGGCCGUGUCGAUUGCACCGAUGCCAGCGACGAGACAAAGUGCUCCUGCAGAGAUCGAAUAUCGCGUGAUCGGCUUUGCGAUGGUUAUUUCGAUUGUCCACAUGGAGAGGAUGAACUCGGUUGUUUUGGAUGCCCAUUAGACUCUUUCAAUUGCGACGACUGGGACAGACGUUAUAACAGAGACAAUUGCGUAUCACUUUUGCAACGUUGCGACGGGGUACAGCAAUGCUCUAACGGAAAGGACGAACUUGACUGCAAUAUACUUCUAGAAACACACGUGGGUCCAAACGAUAUAUUUACGGUUGGUUAUACUCAAGGGUAUCUGCAUAAGAACGUACGAGGACAAUGGUAUCCCGUUUGCUCCAAAACACUCACUUGGGCAGUGGAUGCUUGCGCGUCGGAAAUUGGUCAUCCACUAACAACGAUGCCGAAAAUACAAACCGUUCAUGUGCCUGAGAACACCUUUCAAGAUCCUUACGUGAUAGUAACCGAUAAUAAUAAUAUAAAGAUGAUGUCGUGUCAGGGUACAGCGGUAUUCGUCAAGUGUCCGCCGUUGCCUUGCGGCACCAAAGCCCUCCCGCGUCAAAACUUCUCCCCCGUCUUCAACACGACGAAGAACAAUUACAGAAGACACGCAAAGGAACAAUCGGCCUCGGAAUUUAAUAAGCUCUACCGGGAGACACUGGGGCUGUUGAACGCUAGUCAAUCGAUGUCCGAGGAAAAGAUGCAAGAUCAGAAUGAUACUAUUGUCGGGUCGCAAUUGCGAGUAGUCGGCGGCCGAGCGAGUCAGCCCAAAGCUUGGCCCUUCCUGGUCGCCAUUUACAGGGAUGGUAAUUUUCAUUGCGGCGGUGUUAUCCUCACUGAAGUUCACAUACUCACCGCAGGUCACUGCAUGUAUGGAUAUGAGGGACAUUAUUACGAAAUACAAGCUGGUAUACUCAGACGGUUAUCAUUUUCACUGACGACGCAGUGGAGAAGGGCGAAACACGUGAUUAUACAUCCCGGCUUUGUAAAAGAACAGAUGCAGAACGACAUUGCAAUGAUCGUAUUGGACAAACCUCUUCUUUUCAAUCGAUGGGUCCGCCAGGUCUGCUUACCAGCAUUGAAUACCGCGGGUCUUGCAUGGAGAGAAGGUCCGUCGCCACAAUCCGUAUGCGUUGCUGUUGGAUGGGGAGCCAUAAGAGAAGAUGGGCCAGAUCCGGAUCAUUUGCGAGAAGUGGAAGUGCCGAUUUUGUCAUCGUGUAAAUAUUUGUCCGAUCAGAACAAUGCCACGAUCUGCGCAGGAUAUCCUCAAGGCGGCCGCGAUGCCUGUCAGGGCGAUAGCGGUGGUCCCUUGAUGUGCAGAAAUCCAAAUUUAGCGUCGCAGUGGUAUGCGGCAGGCCUAAUCAGCCAUGGUGACGGAUGCGGACGUCCGAAUGAGCCCGGUGUUUACAUGAAAGUGAGUUACUACAUAGAUUGGAUUCUGCAAACAUUUGUAAUUUUAGAUACUCAAGAGACAUCUCCUUAUGGAGGUAAACCUUUGGAUUCGUGUCCGGGAUUUAGCUGCCAAUCGAGCAUGAUGGGAAAGUGUUUGCCGAAAGAGAAUCAUUGCGACAGGAUUGUACAUUGUUUAGACGGAGAGGAUGAAAUCGGAUGUGAAAUUCUGCAAAUUAAUGAAAGAUACAGGGAAUCGGAUUCUAAUAAUACAUCUGUGAAACCGCAAGCAAACGAAACAUCCAGUGAUGCCACAGAAAAAAAUAAAGUGAGCACGGAAACAAUUCCUAUUUCUACUUCUUCCUAUUUCUUCUAUCAGACAGAAACGCAGACUUACAGUGACGAAAAUUCAAACAUCACUGAUACUUAUACCACAACGCCUAAAAUAACGAUGUCGAGCGUUAGAUUAACGUUCACCUGCAAAAGCCUGAUUCAAACCAUAAUGAUCAACAAAAAAUGCGAUAAGCACUUGGAUUGCGAGGACGGCACCGAUGAAGAGGACUGUACCUGCAGAGAUUACCUGUUAAAUUUCCAACCCACAGCGAUUUGCGACGGACAUCUAGAUUGCGACGACGAAACGGACGAGAAAGAUUGCGGUAUAUGCGAGGAUGACGAGUUUUAUUGCAGCAGGAGCAAGGGUUGCAUCCCGAUGGUAAAGAAAUGUGAUGGAAAUUUCGACUGCCCUCUAAGGGAGGACGAAGUUGAUUGCCUUGCAUUGACUAACGGGGAAUACGUGAAUAUGGAUAGCGAUAAUCGACCGGUUUUGAACAUAGAAGGUUUGCUUAGUAGAUACUACAACGAGACGUGGCAUGUAGAAUGUCCUCAGCCAGAUAUACUGAAGAAUAGCACUAAAAUGUCGAUAAUUGGAGGAAACUUGUGCAAAUAUCUCGGAUUUAUGAGUUUGCAGUCGUCGGGUGAGAUCGUUGUGAAUAAAACGGUGCUGGAAACGAGGUUCUCGCGAAGGUGGGCCAACGGCACGACGGGUUACGAACCUUCGCCGGUGGCAGGGAGUGAGGGAGGCGAGACGUGUACGGCGCUACAGUUUCGCUGCAGACCGGUUUUAAGCAGCAGCGCCGACUCGCAUCUGGCCGUCGAUCCGAAAACCGGAAGCCAUACCUACCUGUGGCCGUGGCUGGCGGCCAUCUUCGUCGACGGCCGUUAUCACUGCUCGGCCUUACUCCUGGAAUCAGACUGGCUCCUGGCCGAUUCGAGUUGCACGGAAGCUGUCAGAUUAUCAGUGAAUUAUACAACAGUUCUGCUCGGCCAAAGUCGCUCGUUCCUCUACGUAGACGGGCCUCAUCAACAGAUCUCGGUCGUUGACGAGAUCAGGGACGUGAAAAGAACAGACAUCUCGUUGCUUCACUUAAAAACUGCGGUGAACUUUACCCGUUACGUGCAGCCGUUGUUCCUAGAGAAGAAAAUAUAUCCACCGGAGAAGGACGAUUUAUGCGUGGCAAUCGGUACGGACAACGAACAUCUAACGCAAUCAAUUUUUCUCCAACCGAUCCUUGAAAAUUGCGACAAGUGCUAUCGUUGUUUCGUCGAAGCUUUAGGUAUCAAAUGCCCGACCAAUGGAACUUCUUCGAAUUGGAGCGGAACGGUAUUUUGUCGCAGCGAGAAAGGAUGGUAUCCCGCGGCUGUAUUUCACGAAAACGAUGGCCCGUGCAGCUUCCAAAGCACACAAAACUUGACGAGCAUCGAUUACAUCCAUGCCUAUCUUACGCAAGCUUUAGAGAAAGAGCCACAACCAACAGUUGAAGCCACGUGUGAUGGUGUUCGGUGCAAUAUCGGACGAUGCGUCCCUUGGAAUCAAGUAUGCGACGGUGUAGCGGAUUGCCGAGACGGUGCGGACGAGAAAAAUGCAAUGUGUCUACAAGUGCAACAGACGAGAAGAAAAGACGAGUCCAACCGCAAAUGUGCAAAGUCGGAGUUACGGUGCAAAAACGGCGAGUGUGUCUCGAAAAGUGCAUUUUGCGACGGUAAAGUGGAUUGCUCGGAUGGAACGGAUGAACCUGUAAGAUGCAGCUGCGCUGAAUAUUUAAAACUGACUAAGCCAGAACGAUUGUGCGACGGGGUGCGACAUUGUCUCGAUAAAACCGACGAGUCGCCGGAAGCGUGUCAUUGCAUCGAAACUAAUUUCAAAUGCAACACAGACAGCAAAAAUGUUAGCUGCAUCUCGCGAGAUUUCGUGUGCGACGGCGACAAUGAUUGUCCGAACGGAGAAGACGAGACGGAAUGCAAAAAGGUGCAAAAAACUGCAGAUAACAGAUUUGCUGCAGGCGAGGUGGUGCAACGAUCCUACGGAGUAUGGCACACUCUGUGUUAUCCGUCAGUAGUAAUGUCACAAGAGGAGGCAGUAAACGUGUGCCGAAAAAACGGCUACACAAACGGAACGAUCAAUUACGAGUAUCAAACUCUCGAACCUAUUGUUCCAUCUCGCGAUGAUUUCUACAUGAUACGAUUAAAUUCGGACACGUGGAUAACUAUGCGUGACGAUAAACCGCUCAUAAAUUUGGUCCAACCGGAGAGACCCUGCUACCGUCUUUUUGUCAAGUGCAAUUAGUGAAAUGUAUUGUUUACAAAUUUUAAGCAAUCACGUUAUAAUAAUUUCAUCUCUACAUCUUAUUCACGGUAUGACAAUCGAAUGUAAAAGAUCUUUUUUAUCUUGAAAGUUAAUGUGAAAGACACACGAAGUAUCAUUAAGUUUUAUAUAAUUGUUUUAAGAGAUUAAUUUAUUUAGUUGUAGCAUAAAAGCUACAAUAUUCGAGCAAAGCAAAUCAAUUACGUUAGAAAUAAUUCUUUUCUAAUCGAAUAAAUAAGUUCAUUAUUCUUUGUUUGUACUUUUGAUAAAACGUCAAAUAAAUCUGCAUUAAAAGAGAGA